AUGCGUGAUCAAUAUCUGGGUGCCGAGAAACGUGUUGCGAUUCUCGAUUCGGAAAAAGAAGAAAUCUCCUCGAUGUGCGCCCAAUCGGAACGUGCAAAGAAACAGGCCGAAUUGGAUCUGGGCGAGUUGAGAGAACAACUCUAUGAAUUGAACGCUCAAACGUCCAGUUUGAGUGCAUCGAAACGUAAGGCUGAAGGUGAAAUACAGGCGAUUCAUGCGGAUCUGGAAGAGACGCUGAACGAAUUCAAGAUCUCAGAAGAUCAUUACAAGAAGGCAAGUGCAGACGUGAUGAGAUUUGCUGAUGAAAUAAAGCAACAACAACAGAGAUCCUCAAUGGCCAAUCAACACUGUAAAGCGAUUGAUGCACAGUUCAAAGAGAUGCAGGCACAAGUCGAGGAAGCUGAACAAGCCGCAAUGAAGGGAAGUAAGAAGGUGAUUGCGAAGUUAGAGCAACGUAUGCGU